GCUCCUCCACCACUAAAUAAGACAGGUCGAGAUCAGCUGAAAACCUCUCGGAAAAUUCUGGAAUACCAAAUUCACCUCAAAAAUAUACACUUUGAACCGCGAUCAAAUUUCCCUCUUUUAGUUUCCUUGUUCCAUUUCAGUUUGAAAUUUUAAUUCGAUCGGAUUUUGAAGAUUUGAUCGAUUGUCAUACAUGGUGUCCGUGUACCCAAACCCUCCUCCAGAUCGGGAUUUCACGCAUUUUUACGGGUUGCAUAUGGGCGGGGGUCCGAUGAAAAUUCCGGGUCUGAACGGAAAUGAGAACAGCCUGCUUCAAACAGCGCCGGUUGGGAAUUUGGGUCCGGGUGUGGACGACACGAGUAAGAAGAUCCGGAAGCCUUACACGAUUACAAAGUCCAGAGAAAGCUGGAGCGACCAGGAGCACGACAAGUUCGUAGAAGCGCUUCACCUAUUUGACCGUGAUUGGAAGAAGAUUGAAGCAUUCGUCGGCUCAAAGACUGUUAUCCAGGUAGUUCCAUCCCAUUUAUUGAAGAGAGCUAAAAGGGUGAAUGUUCUGCAGAUUCGAAGUCAUGCUCAGAAAUAUUUUCUCAAAGUCCAGAAAAAUGGAACAAGUGAACAUGUACCUCCCCCACGUCCAAAGAGGAAAGCAGCUCAUCCUUAUCCACAGAAGGCCUCAAAAAAUGCUGUGUCUCAAGCCACCGGUCCUCUGCAAUCUUCAGCUGCUUUAGUGGAGUCUGGAUACUGUGUAGGGUCUGAUUCCUUGUCAAUAUCUGGAAAUCCAAUGAGCUCUGCACCUUUGUCUUCUUGGAAUUACAAUGUUAUGGCGGCUGGCAUUUUGCCGCAUACGUCAAAAGACGAUAUUGGAUUAGCUAGUGCUACCAAUAAGUAUAGCAGUGGCAGCAAUGAGAACAACUCCAGUGUGGAGAAAUUGAACGAGAUGCGCUGUGCAAUGAAACCUUGCAAUAAUGCUUCAAGAGUUAUGCCAGAUUUUGCUCAGGUCUAUAGAUUCAUUGGCAGUGUCUUUGACCCUACUGCUAGUGAUCAUUUGCAAAGACUUAAAACAAUGGACCCUAUAAAUGUGGAGACGGCGGUGAUGUUAAUGAAGAAUUUAUCUGUCAAUUUGGUUAGCCCUGAAUUUGAGCACCAUAGGAAGUUGCUAUCGAGUAACUGUGGGUUUCAAAGCAAUGUGGUGGUGAGAAAUAAGAUACCGUCUAAACCGAGGAAAGAGUUUGUCCCAUGUGUCUCUAUUAGCUUUUCUAGAUUUCUCUUUCCUCUGUAUAUGAGUGAGGAUGAGAGAUUGUUAGAAAGACAACUGUGUAGAUGUGCUCCUUGUAUAUAUAGCCUGUUUGAGCAAUAG